AAGUCGAUUGGUCCUAGUUGGAGUUGGCGCGUGCGAUGAAAGGGAGAGAGAGAGAGAGAGAAAGAGAGAAAGAGAGAGAGAGAAAAGGAAAGAGGGAAGAGAGUGGGGGGGGUCGAAGAAAGGCUAAGCGUGGUGCACAAUAUAUAUCGAAUGAACGAGAGAGGAAAAAUCAGUGUAUGAGCAUCCCCUCCACCAGGAUAUUUCGCGCUUGUCGUUCGCCACACUAAGGUCCAGUCAGUAAACGUUCAACGUCGUGGGUGGAUGUACAUAUGUACGUGGUGUGAAUGAUGCUGGUGGUUGUUGGUCGUUAUAUAUGUAUGUAUGUCAUCUCUUAGAAAAUAAUUCGUGGUUUCCCUUCCUUUUUCUUCUUCUUCUUAUCAAGAAGGAACGACAAUAAUUAUUCGACGGUAAUUCGUUAAGUUAAAUUUGGUCAAUUCGCUGUCGUAGUCGUACGACCAUAGACAUUUCUUUUGGAAGGUUGCUUGGUUAUAUUUCGAGCGGAGAAACGCGAGGCGGAAUAUUCGUGCGUGCUCGGAAUUCGUUUCCCUUGGCCCGCAGGCGGCGGCGGCGGCGGUGGCGACGGCGGCGGUAGCGGUGGCGGUGGCGGCGUACGUGCGAGUUUCUGCGGCCAAUAUCGAGGAUAAAUAGGGAAAGAAGAAACGAGGAAAGAGAAAAGGAACGGAAGAAAGGGGAGGAAGAAGGAAAAGGAAAAAAGAUAAGAGAGGGUUGCCACGAUAAAACGUUGCCAGUUUGAUCGGCAUGCGCCUGCAUUCUUUUUAUGGCACGAUGAUCGUCUUGGCGAUGAUGUUGUCCUGUCGUACAUCUUACGCUCAGGACGAAAUCAUCCUUCGAAGUCUCACUGCGAUGGAGACUUGUAACAUCACAGCCGAUGGACGAGGAUUCAUAUGUCGCGGACCAGAUUUUUUAUCAGCUUUAAAGAGCCGGUCCUUCGAAAGCAUCGUUCUUCGAUCGCCGGCCAAUAUUACUAAACUUGACUUGACGAACAACAAUAUAACGCGUGUUUCGGAGCACGUUUUUCAUCAACUUCCUAAUCUUGAAUUUUUGUCGUUACGACGUAAUCAUCUAUAUACAAUUCACGAAGAUGCAUUUGAAAAUUUGACGAGUCUUCGAAUACUAGAACUCGAUGACAAUUAUUUAACAGAAAUUCCAAUUGCUCUUAUAAAACUUGAUGCACUCGAAGAUUUAUCCAUUUCCAACAACAAAGUACAACAACUCGACGGAAAUAUAUUUCAAAGUAUUGACAAUUUGAUAUCACUCGAUUUACGUGGAAAUCCGAUCAAACAGAUAAACGAUAAUACUUUUCAAAAUCUUCAUAAACUUCGUAAGUUGAUACUGUCUGAUGUAAAAGAAAUGAGAAUUUUUCCCAAUCUCAAUGGAACGAGUUCUUUAGAGGUGUUGAAAUUAGAUCGUGCACGGCUUAAAGCAAUCCCACCCGAUCUUUGCGUUCAAUGUCCAAAAUUGAAAAGUUUUGAUGUGAAAUCGAAUUAUUUGACAAAAAUCCCAAAUUUAAGAAAUUGCCAUAAUCUUCGCGUCUUAGAUUUGGCAAACAAUGCGAUCUCGUUGAUAUCCGAUGCACCCUUUAAAACUUUGAACAUGUUACAUGAUCUUUUAUUAGCAAAUAAUAAUUUGAAAACUAUUUCGAGAGAUGCAUUUUCUGGAUUAUCGAAACUUCAAGUUUUGGAUUUAGAAAGUAAUUACAUAGAUUACAUUGAUCCUGGUGCAUUUACAGAGACAAAACAUUUGGAAGAUUUAAAUCUUGGAAACAACGUGUUCCCAACUUUACCAGUUAACGGACUCGCAGGAUUGUUACAUCUAAAAACUUUUAAUAAUCCAGCGUUAAGACAAUUUCCGUCACCCGACAAAUUUCCACGCGUACAAACCAUGGUUCUUUCCUACGCUUAUCAUUGCUGUUCAUUUCUAUCAAUCGAGAUAGAAGACACCGUAACAAAAUCAUCAUUGCAAGAAUCUGUUUUAUUCCCUACGGAUAAUGAAUUUGAUAUGACCUUGUGGAAUUCCAGUUUUGGCGAUGUUUGGCCUCAUCUAAAUUUUACAUAUUCCGGGAACGUACCUCCCUACAGCGAGGACUACAUUGAGGAACAAAUUGGGCAGAAUGCAGUACCGGGACAAACAGUGCCUUCUCAUGUUCAAUGUUUACCACAGCCUGGUCCAUUUUUGCCGUGUCAAGAUCUGUUCGAUUGGUGGACGUUACGCUGCGGAGUCUGGAUAGUUUUUCUACUUGCUAUGCUUGGGAACGGAACUGUAGUAUUCGUGUUAAUAUUUUCGAGAAGCAAGAUGGAUGUACCUCGAUUUUUAGUAUGCAACUUGGCUGCAGCUGAUUUUUUUAUGGGUGUUUAUUUAGGUUUAUUGGCUGUGCUUGAUGCAUCUACUCUAGGAGAAUUCAAAAUGUAUGCCAUACCUUGGCAAAUGUCGGCAGGAUGUCAAUUAGCAGGAUUUCUUGGUGUCCUGAGUUCCGAAUUAAGCGUCUAUACCCUAGCUGUGAUCACCUUAGAAAGAAAUUAUGCAAUAACCCAUGCGAUGCAUCUCAAUAAAAGACUUUCGUUAAAGCAUGCCGUGUAUAUCAUGACUAUAGGCUGGGGAUUUGCCACAUCAAUGGCUACUCUACCGCUUUUCGGUAUUUCCGAUUACAGGAAAUUUGCGAUAUGUUUACCAUUUGAGACUAGUGGCAUUGCAGCCUUAAUUUACGUAGUCUUCCUAAUGCUCAUCAAUGGAGUAGCAUUUUUAAUUUUAAUGGGCUGUUAUCUCAAAAUGUACUGUGCAAUACGUGGCUCGCAAGCUUGGAAUUCGAACGAUUCUCGUAUCGCAAAACGAAUGGCACUUCUUGUAUUUACAGACUUUUUGUGUUGGUCACCGAUAGCAUUCUUCUCGCUUACCGCAGCUUUCGGGCUACAAUUAGUGUCCUUAGAGCAAGCAAAGGUAUUCGCUGUUUUCGUGUUACCAUUGAACUCCUGUUGCAAUCCUUUUCUCUAUGCUAUUCUUACGAAGCAAUUCAAAAAGGACUGCAUCUUAAUAUGUAAAGCUAUUGAAGAAUCUCGCGUGACAAGAGGAAUCGGUAGAUGCCGGCAUAGUUCGAAUUUCAGUAACCGCCAAACACCAGCCAAUACGAAUAGUCUAGUAGACAGAUCUUCUAAGGAGCAUCAAGCACCAUGCGUCUGUACUUCGAAACUCUUGGAAACGAGCCAGUGCCCCAGUUAUCGAUGGUGGGGAGCUAGAUUUCUUUGGCCUUGCGCGGCCGAUCAAAGACAACGUUAUACACGUAACGAUCACUACGCUUACCAAAUCGCCGAAAUUCAACAGAAACAGCAUAAACGUGCUUCGUCGGUUUCCUCUAGCGAGAACUUCUCUUCAUCUCGUUCGGAUUCCUGGAGACAAACUCAUCAUUGUGGUAUACCGUUGAGAUUAUUGGAUCCCAAACGAAGAACAUCGUCUUGGUUGGUCACUAGGAAACCAUCGCAAGAUUCCAACCUUAGUUCAUCCCGUAAUGACUCAUCGGGUUCAGCAGCUACCGCCAGCACCAGUACGUGGCGUAUGUCAAGGUCAACAGCCUCUUUAGAAAUCAGUGCACGUAAUACUCCAAGGCCUAUUAGGCCUAAGCCACGACUGACGCGACAACUUGCGAUUCAAGAACCCGAACCACCUGCGUCACCGUGUAGAUUAGCUGUACGUUUGUUGGCUACUAUCCCUUCGGCUGCUGAGAUGAGCGAACAGCAAGAUGAAGAAAGUGCCGUACCUAAAUAGAAAUAAAUUAAAGAAGGAACGAUGCGAGACACGUUUCAGUAUUAAGAAUAAAUAACGAGAUACCUGCCAUGUUUUUUAUCCGAAUUCAUGAAAUAGCGUACGAUGCGUUUUCGAUUUCUACGGGAAUCGACGUUAUCGCUAAGAUUAUUUGAAAAUAAUUAGGGAUAGGAUAAAGAGCUGAUAUGCAUGCUAUAAAUUACGUAUAGGUACGAGAAGGAGAGAUGUGAUUUUAUUGAACUUAUUGCCUUUAUCCUAUCACCAAAUAUUAGUAUAAGCAAGCGUUGGUAUACUAUUACUUAAAUAAUAUAGCACUUGUCAAAUAAUUCUAAAGAUAGAUAAUUCAGUCAAAUACCGUUUAAUAUGCUAACGGAGCAGACUGUAAAACCAAUGUAGUUCCAAUGCUCCUCGCGAGCAUUUGUUAUAUAAAAUAUUUGUUAUAUAAAUGAUUUAAAAUGUUAAAAAACAAAAAACGAAUUUAUAUUAAUGGCAAUUAUUCAUGUUGUUAGUAUUUUCAUAUUACAAGACUGAUAGCAGUUUAUUUACUACAUAAUAUCAAGAGAAGCAUUCCAACAUGUACGAGCGCUAAUAAUUAUUAGCGCAGUCUGGGCAUGACAAAACAAAGUUUUAUCAAUUUCCAAAUAAUACAUUUCUUAAUUAUAUAUAACAAAGUAUUUAUUCUAUUCGUUCCUUUCAUUUCUUUUUUUAAAUAAUUUCUCAGAGACAUUAGAGCAAUAAUGAUUAAGGUUUUAUUUAUAUAAUUUAACAUCCCAGGCUGUGCUGUUUUUUUGUUUUUUUUUUAACAAAAUAUCACGAUAAAGACAAUAUCACACUUAAUGAAAAUGUAUGUUCUGUUGCUUCUUUUCGAUACAAUACAUUAUAAAAAACGUCUUAUGUAUAAUAAUAUAUUUAUAAUGUAUUUAUAACAAUUCAUUGAAAAAAAAAAAUAAUGCGAAUGAAGUUACUGUAUCACACAUAUACAUACGUUCAUAUUGUUGUAAAUGUAUUUUUCAAUUAAUUACAACGAUGAAGUCAUGUACGGGAUGUUAGGAAAAACACGGGAAUAUAUAAAUAAAUGUUGUAUAUGUAAUAUCAUUCAUCCAUCCUACGCGCUCUCGUCGAUUAAUUUCGUUCAGUAUUAAAGCUUAUGAUGAAUGAAUAUUAUAUAUGAUUUAAAGACUAACGAGAUGUUAGUUGUACGCUAAAUAAAGUUAUGAUAAAAGGAAGUAUGUCAUGUAACAUCAAUCGAUAAUUUAUUGCAUUGAUGAAAGUGGAUAAACUAUUUCUAUUAACGAAAAAUAAAAUAAACAAUUUUAUUCUUACGUAUGGAGAGUGAAAUGUUUAAGAGAUUAAUAUUCAUUAUAUAACAAGAUUCUGAGAUCAAAAUAGUAAAUUCGAAAUUAUUAUAUUCUAGUCAGAUAUUUACUAGACAUCUUAUGCACCAAUAAAAACAAACUUUUCUUCUUCUUUUUUUUUCCUUUUUUUCAUUAUUCCACUAAUUCAAGAUAGUAAUUAUGAUAAAUUGUAUCCUGCACAUGACAUAAUUAAUAAUCUUAUUUAACGAGAGCAAAUACGUGUUCACAUUACAUUUGGAGGCUGCCAUUCUUUUUAGGAAUAAUGAUGAAUUCACUAAUAAACAUGUUUUAUUAAUAAUAUAGAGAACAAAAUGGGUGAUAAGAAUUUCGUACUAUGAUAGUAUUGUAAGAAUACAAUUAACAUUUAUAAG